CCUCAUUCACUUCCCGCGCCAGUGCCCCUGUGGACGAAUACCUCCAUUCGUGGUUCCCCCGCGUUUCCCUCCUCCCACCGCAAACUCCGCGACCUCCAGCCGCCCGCCCCCGCGGGCCCGGUCCUGCCUGCUGACUCCCUCCGCAGCCUCCGCAGCCUCCCCGCUCUCCUCGGGGCUCCGGCCACUGCACCCGCCUGUCCGCCCUCGGGCUCCCCGGUUUCCUCCCUUCCUUCCCCCUUGGAGCCCCCUCCCCGUGGGCAGCCGGCAUGCAGGUGUCCAUCGCGUGUACCGAGCAGAACCUCCGCAGCCGGAACAGCGAGGACCGUCUGUGUGGAGCCCGGCCCGGCCCCGGGGGCGGUAACGGCGGGCCUGUCGGCGGGGUGCACGGAAACCCUCCCGGAGGAGGAGGGUCGGGCCCCAAAGCCCGCACCGCAGUGGUCCCCCGACCCCCAGCGCCCCCUGGGGCCCUCCGAGAGAGCACCGGCCGAGGCACCGGCAUGAAAUACAGAAACCUAGGGAAGUCUGGUCUUCGUGUGUCCUGUCUUGGCCUAGGUACCUGGGUCACAUUUGGUUCUCAGAUCUCGGAUGAGACAGCAGAGGACGUGCUGACAGCAGCCUAUGAACAUGGUAUAAACCUGUUUGACACCGAGGUGUACGCAGCUGGAAAGGCUGAAAGGACCCUAGGCAACAUCCUCAGGAGCAAAGGUUGGAGGAGAUCAAGCUAUGUCAUCACCACCAAGAUUUUUGGGGGAGGACAGGCAGAAACUGAGCGAGGCUUGAGCCGCAAACACAUCAUCGAGGGCUUGCGAGAAUCUCUGGAACGUCUCCAGCUGGGAUAUGUGGACAUCGUCUUUGCUAAUCGCUCAGAUCCCAACAGUCCCAUGGAGGAGAUUGUUCGAGCCAUGACCUAUGUCAUCAACCAGGGCCUGGCUCUAUACUGGGGGACAUCCCGAUGGGGGGCUGCAGAAAUCAUGGAGGCCUACUCUGUGGCCAGGCAGUUCAAUCUGAUUCCUCCAGUGUGUGAACAAGCAGAGCACCAUCUGUUUCAAAGAGAAAAGGUGGAGAUGCAGCUGCCAGAGCUCUACCACAAGAUUGGCGUUGGCUCCGUCACCUGGUCCCCUCUGGCCUGUGGCCUCAUCACCAGCAAGUAUGAUGGGCGAAUCCCAGAUCCCUGCAGGGCCACCAUCAAGGGUUACCAGUGGCUCAAGGACAAAGUGCAGAGUGAGGAUGGCAAGAAGCAACAAGCCAAAGUCAUGGACCUUCUACCCAUAGCUCACCAGCUGGGCUGCACUGUGGCGCAGCUGGCUAUUGGUGAGACACUGCCUGCCCUGGACCCUGUAGAGGCUUUGUCUCCUUCCGAGAAACUCUCAAACCCAAGAGUGGUUUGUCCUGAGGGAGAAUCCUCUUCCUCCGAGACACUUCUGAAGUUCGUAUGUUCAUUCCUAUCCAUCAGUUCUCUUGCUUUCCUCCUCUGGCUUCAGCGUGGUGUCUCCGCAGUGAGGGUGUCAGCUCGGUCUUGCUGGGGGUGUCGAGUGCAGAGCAGCUGAUAGAACAUCUGGGUGCCCUACAGGUGCUGAGCCAGCUGACCUCGCAGACGGUUAUGGAGAUAGACGGGCUCCUGGGGAACAAACCACAUUCCAAGAAAUAGUCUGUCGGGGCGCAGAGACCCAAAUCUGGAGCCGCUGCACCCCUGCCCACCCAGAACUGUUUCCCGGAAGCCAAACCCCUCCAGCUCCAGAUCCCUCCACGCAGCUGCCAGAGCCAAGUGGUCCCGCCCACUAACGAGUUCCGGCUUCGAUAGUCUACACGCAUGAACAGAGCCAUAUCCUUCCGCAGUGGGGCUUGAGAGGAAAAGUAGUCCGCUGCUCCCUUCUGCGUUCUUCCAGGCCUUUCUGCUAAUGCCAGGCAUGAGCUAGCUACUGGGCAAUCCCCUCUGCCAUUUGGUCUCCCCUCUUUCUCUCUUACCCCAAUAGCCGAGGGGGUAAAAAAAAGCUAAACGGUAGGCACAAGAAACGCAGAGUACCUCAAAAGUGGCCCUUGAAAUGUCAUCAAGGGGUACUCACCUAACAAGUGAGUUGUGACGUCAUCUGGGACGAAGGAAAAUGGAGUUCUUAUGAUAUGCCGUUAUGCUGCACAAAGGAAGCCAGGCUGGUCCUGGCGGGAACUACAUGAUAAUCUUUAGGAACAAAGGACCCUGACUCCCAGCCAGGAGGUGAAGAAGGGCUUAAAACUGGAAUUAGUGUUAAUACGUUGUUUCUGACAAAGGUCGAGAGAAAAUAGAUGGCAGAUGUAUAGCUGGGCCAGGGCAGUCCUUGGAAAGCGGUCGGGCUGUGCGUCACAGGAAAUAGUGACAGCCUUUCGGUCAAACCAGGGAUACGGGGCUAACAUAAAAGGGUCUGGGGAUAGACUUUUGAGCCAGGACUUCUACCUGGCUUUGGAGGACUGCAGGCUUAGUUCUGGCAAUAAUCUUAAAGCAAUAAUAAUGGCCUCUCUUCUGUAAGACUUUCCAGGGAAUUGUAAAUAAAAUCUUAAUCCU